UGUGAAGCCCUCUAUCUGUAUGGAGUCAUGCUCUUGGUCAUUGACCAGAAGAUUGAAGGAGAGGUCAGAGAAAGAAUGUUGGUUUCCUACUACAGAUACAGCGCAGCCCGAUCAUCUGCUGAUUCCAAUUUAGAUGAUAUUUGUAAGUUGCUUCGGAGCACUGGAUACUCGAGCCAGCCUGGAGCUAAGAGGCCUCCCAACUACCCCGAGAGUUACUUCAGCAGGGUGCCCAUAAGUGAAACCUUCAUCAGCAUGGUUGUUGGCCGCCUCCGCUCGGAUGACAUUUAUAACCAGGUUUCUGCAUAUCCCUUACCAGAACACCGCAGCACUGCCCUGGCCACUCAGGCUGCUAUGCUCUAUGUCAUACUCUAUUUUGAUCCUUCUAUUCUUCACACUCAGCAAGCAAAAAUGAGAGAGAUAGUGGAUAAAUACUUUCCAGAUAAUUGG